AUGUAUGAAUUGGAAUCUCAAGAUUCUUCUUCUACAACACGAGCCGAUGAUGGUUCCGACAACAAACCAUACAUUGCUCCUACAACGACCUAUUCAUCGUUCUACUCGCAGCACCAACAGUGGCCACUCGGAACAAGAACAACCGAGAAAUCCUCAUCAAGUACUAGCCAGGAACGUAAUUGUAGCAUCAUCAGUACUCCUAACGCCAAUGAUAUUCAAACCACUAAGGGUUUUAUGAACAUAAUUGGGCAUAGAUCUCCAUGCGAAGAAGGCAAUUAUUUACAGCAUCAUCAAUCUUAUGAAUCAUCAUUAUUCUUUUAUCCUUCCUCUGAUCAACAGCUAGAACACCGCUGUAAUAGUUUAUCGACCGUAUCAUCGGAUGCCAACCUUUCCUCUCAAAGAACCGAUACUUUAUCUCCACCUUAUUCCAUUCAUCCUCAACAGCCAACUAAUUGUGUACAGCCCUCAUACGCAUCAAUAGAUGCUAAUUCAUCUCCCAACAAUCACCAUCCACACCAGCAAUGUACAAUGAUCGACGACAACUCUCCCAAUAGCCCAACACCCUCCUCUGUGAAACACUCGGAGAGCAGUGGGAAACAGAAAAUGGAAUUGAAAAGUUCACAAUCUGAAAAUAAUAGUGAUGAAAGAAGACGAGCAACAACUCGACGUAAAUUAUCCUAUUGCGCGUCAUUCUUUGCUAAAUUCAUUACAGUGACCAAUGUUUUGGUGGUGCUAUUUAUUUUCCAAGUUUUUCUUGGUAUUGCUUCAUCAUUUGUGUUGCUGUAUUCAAGUGGAGAACAUGUUCUUUCUCAUAUUAGAGAUUUCCAAAGGUUUCAAAUGCAAGUUUUUAUCGAUGGAGAAAUACAACAUUUUAUGGAUAAUAUUAAUACUAUGGUCUCUCAUAUGAUGCGACUGGUCCAUAGAAUUAAUCUGAACGACGAAAUAGCGCUGCUAAAGAUCAUUGACACCAUUGACACUCUUUACGCUAGUACUGUGGGAGCUAAUGCCUAUAGAUAUGCUCGAUUUGACGACAGAUAUUUAGCUAGAGAAUAUAAUCAAACGGUAAAAGGUUUAGCAUUAAGGGUCUAUGAUCCCUUAGAGACCUCGUUUAGGUAUUUUAAAAUUAGUAAGGAAGAUAUGAUCCUAGCACCAAACAACUGCUCUCUAUCAGAAUACCUCAACAGUACAUUUACUCCAUUCUUUAAAUCCAAAGAUGCUAGAUACAAUCCAAAAUCAAGAGUAUACUACUUGCCAUUUGACAGAGGCAACGAUUCGGCGACUGAUAUUUUAUGGACCGAGUCGUGGAUUAAUUAUGUUGGCGCAUCUGUUGUGUCACUGAGUAUUCCUCUAUUUAGCAAUUAUUCUCUGUCAUAUCUUAAUGAUCCACGUAAUAAUGAUUUGAUACAAUCUGCAUUUUCACCCAAGUUAAUUUCCAUUCCUAGCGUGAACUCAUACAGCAAUCCACAAUACAAAAAGCCUGAAUAUUUAUUUGGAGUAUUAAGCAUUCAGUUUUCAAUUGAACUUACCAUUUCAAAGCUUUUGAACUCGACAAGAUCCGGAUGGGAUAUCCUUUCAAGUUACAACAACAACAUUUUAGAUAACAGUUUUAUAAUGGAUGCGAAAAACACAAUAUUGGGUCAACACGGAGCCGGAACAAGAGUGAACGCCAUGUACAAUAUCAUUGUACAAAAGCAGUUGAUCGAAGUAUUACUUGCAGCUAAAUGUUCAGCCAUUCAAUUGCCGUCAAAUAGGACUGACGCUUCUGUCACAUCAUCCAACACUCUAUUUUUCAUCAUUCCUGGUGGUACAACAGUCAACGGAACCACCAUUCCUGAUACUCUAGAAGUUGCAAUUAUGCCCUUUUGUGACAAAUAUAACCUUCAAUGGUUUAUUGUGGUUGGUAUCAAGCAAACUUCAUUUUUGGAAGAAGCAAUUGGCGGCAGCGUUUAUAAUAUCGCAAUAUUUGUAGGAGUGUUGGCAUUAGAAAUGCUACUGCUCUCUCUUAUUAUCAUUAGGAUUAGCUUCUCCCUACAACAAAUUGCAAGCUCCAUGGCUAAAAUAUCUCAAUUUGGGAGUGUCUUUGAAAAUUCGAAAAACACCAUGUCGAAAUGGAAGCAAAGAUUACUGAAGACUAUUAAUUUCCUCCAAAGAAAUACAUUAUUUUACGACAUCCGAUUAAUGCACCAAAAUCUCUCCAUUAUGAAUAAUGGACUUGCAUCAUUUUACAAAUACAUUCCUAUGACUAUUAUGAAACAUAAUAUUUGUGAGGGUGAGAACUUUGCAGUUGGCUUUUCCAAAAGAGAAUUAGGCAUUUUGCGAGUUGAAAUUAAUGGUUUCUCUAAGCUGUCGCUCAGUACGGCCAACUGUGAAAGUUUUACGAGAGUCAUGGCCAAAUAUUACAACCUUAGCUUCAUUGCAAUUCAAGACAACGGUGGUAUGGUAGACCAGAUUGUUGGAGGAAUAGUAACUGCUGUGUUUCAUUUACCAGAUCAUGCUUCCGAAAAUUGUGAAACGCAAAUGUGUCGCUCAGCUCUUCAAAUCAUUUUGGAAUUAGAAAAGCUGAACCAAAAUCUCUCUACAAAUUUCACCGUUACUAUUUCAAUGAAUUAUGGAAACAUGUCAGUGGGAAAUAUUGGUUCGAAUGUUCGCUUGAGCUUUAGUGUUUUUGGACCUGAAGUUACGUUGAUAAGGAACAUGAUAUCUGAACUUCAAAAUUUUUCAAAAUCCCAAAUAUUAAUCACAGAAAGAGUGUACGACAAAGUGAAACACAUUUUCACGUGCUAUUUUAUUGAUUUUGUGAUUGUGAAUGAGCAGGUUAAAGGGAUUUAUACUUUGGAAUGUUUGUCAGAACUAUCUAGUGUGAACCAAAAAGAAAUUUCCUCAACAUUGGCAAACAUAAGACAAUGUAUUAUUGAGCAUCGGUGUUUCAAAGAAGCCAAAAUUGAAUUGACAAAAUUGCUCUCGGAUACACAGUCGCCUUGCCCUCAUACUCUAUUGCAAACACUGAACGACAAAAUUGCUGUCCACAAUAAAAACUGA